CUUCAUAAAUCCAUUCAACAUUGUUGGGCUGUGAGUUCAUCAGGUCAGACGUUUGCUAUCAAGGCUUUCAAUACAACAAAGGUUUCUACUGGGGUUGUUAAAAUGAUGCAUUCAUUGAUGUGUUGUAUAUGUAUUUAAUAAAGUUGCCCAUUCCAUUAUCUAAUCUAAUGUUUCUUAUUGCACGUUGUUGGGUCCACUGACUGCUGGGGCUUCAGAAUCCUCUCAGCGCCCAGCAUGUGUUGGUGUGUCAAGGCUUUUAGCUUCAUGUCUCACGCCCAGAUCAUGUCACGUUUGCAUUGAUCGUCAUUGAUUAUAAUUGCAUUGCUCAUCACGACUACAAUUAGGUCAGUGGCUUUUACGUUAAUCAGCAGCGGUUAUGGCUUUAAAACCCUGGUCCUGCGUUGGAUUGCAGACAUCCAUGCACAAACGUACAAUUUCUCAUAGACAAGAAUGAGCAAGUUACCUGUAUAUGAACAGCUGGAAUCGACUGUUUCAGACCAUGAACUACCCUGAAUGUUGCAACAACAAAACCCCUCAUGCACAGAGAGUGAGAUACUUGUAUUUCUCCCCCUGCAUUAUUCAACACGGACAUGCGUUUUACAUCAUCUGAUCACAGUUUUUGACUUUAUCCCGUCUCUUUGUCUCGUGUCUAUCCCUUAGGCAAACUUGAAAAAGUUCAUGGAGUACGUACAGCAGAGGAACACUGAAAAGGUUUCAAGGUUCCUGGAAAAGGGCCUGGACCCUAACUUCCAUGAUCCAGACACAGGGGAAUGUCCUUUAACACUGGCUGCACAGCUGGAGGGAUGUGCAGAGCUCAUAAAGAUGCUGAAGAGCGGAGGGGCUCAUCUGGACUUCAGGACAAAAGAUGGCAUCACUGCCCUGCACAAGGCAGUACGCAGCAAGAACCAUACGGCGCUGAUAACGCUGCUGGACUUGGGUGCGUCACCUGACUAUAAAGACAGUCGAGGGUUGACUCCUCUUUACCACAGCUCCAUGGUAGGAGGAGACCCGUACUGCUGUGAGCUGCUGCUGCACGAUCAUGCCCAGGUCGGCUGUUUAGACGAAAAUGGCUGGCAGGAAAUACAUCAGGCCUGCCGUUACGGCCAUGUUCAACACCUGGAGCAUCUGCUGUUCUAUGGAGCUGAUAUGAGUGCUCAGAACGCAUCAGGCAACACUGCCCUGCAUGUGUGUGCUCUUUACAACCAGGAAAGCUGUGCUCGAGUCCUCCUCUUCAGAGGGGCCAAUAAAGAAGUAAAAAACUACAACAGUCAGACUGCUUUUCAGGUGGCUAUCAUCGCAGGAAACUUUGAUUUGGCCGAAAUCAUAAAAGUCCACAAAGUAUCGGACGUUGUACCAUUCAGAGAGACGCCCUCUUACACCAGCCGUCGACGUGCGAUACCUGGACCCCUGCCCUCGCCACGCUCCCUACUCCGCUCUGCAAGUGACAACAACCUGAACGGAGACCAUGACAUUAUACGCAGUCAGGUUCACAGAGAAGCUCGUGGUCGUCAGGGUCGCUCCCCCGUGCCCUCACUACGCAGUCUGCCGUCCUUCGGUCAGCAGCACAGCAGCUUUGUAGAGGGCCGUCAUGGUGAGAUGCCUGACAACAGCCUUCAGAGUACUGGCAGCUCCAGAUCCUCACAUUCCCGUUCACCCUCGUUACAUCACAUGCGUGAGGAAGACAAACCCAUUCCCAGAAGGUCUCACAGUCACGGCUACCCACAUGGAUAUGGACCUCAUGGAAGACUCAGCCCUGGUUCAGUGCAGCGAGAUGCAAGCCCUCCUCAUCAUACCCCCCCAGCUCUGAUCGGCCCCCGUGGGCCAAAAAGGAAACUCUACAGUGCCGUCCCAGGACGUACUUUUAUUGUGGUUAAACCCUACACACCGCGGGGUGAGGGAGAAAUCCAACUGAACCGUGGAGAGAGGGUCAAAGUCCUGAGUAUAGGAGAAGGAGGAUUCUGGGAAGGCACGGUCAAAGGAAGGACAGGCUGGUUCCCAGCAGACUGUGUGGAAGAAGUUCAGAUGAGGCAGUACGAUCCACGGCUAGAAACCCGGGAGGAUCGAACUAAAAGACUGUUCAGACACUACACUGUGGGAUCCUACGACAACUUCACCUCAUACAGUGAUUAUAUCAUAGAAGAGAAGAAUGCUCUUUUACAGAAGAAAGAAAAUGAGGGCUUCGGCUUUGUCCUGCGGGGAGCAAAAGCUGAGACGCCGAUUGAAGAGUUUGCACCGACUCCAGCGUUCCCUGCUCUGCAGUACCUGGAGUCCGUGGAUGUGGAGGGAGUGGCCUGGAGGGCUGGUCUCAGGACAGGAGACUUCCUCAUUGAGGUGAAUGGGGUGAACGUCGUGAAGGUCGGCCACAAGCAGGUAGUGUCCUUGAUCCGACAAGGAGGUAAUAGGCUUCUGAUGAAGGUGGUGUCAGUCACACGCAAACCAGAGUCGGAGGAAAUCAUUCACAAGAAAGCUCCACCGCCACCCAAACGAUCGCCUAGCACCACUCUGACGCUUCGCUCAAAAUCUAUGACCACUGAGCUUGAGGAACUGGCUUCUGUUCAGAGGAGAAGAGGAGAGAGACUUGAUGAGAUCUUGGCGUCCCAGGAGUCUGUGAUGCACUCUCAGCCUUCAGAGGCCGAUUACAGAGCAGCCACUGUCAAACAACGACCUACCAGCAGGAGAAUAACACCAGCAGAGAUCAGUUCACUGUUUGAAAGACAAGGGAUGACUCUACAUGGACGUCUUCACACAGCUGUUGAGAGAGGUCACAUUCUACUUCCCAAGGGAAUGUCCAGGACAAAGUCUUUUGGUGCCACUGAGGAGGAUCGGCUGUCUGCCCUCGCAGCAGAGCACAGAUUUUCUCGCAGCUCCUCCAUGACAGACAGUCUCAGAGAGCACUUGCAGCCACAUCCCAUCCCUCCUCCUCCCCAAACAGCACCUCCUCCUCCUCCAUACUACCUUGACACUGGCCCUCCCCCAGCCUUUUGCCCUCCGCCUCCCCCGUCAAGGACCCAAAGCCAAGGUCAUGAACCUGGAAUUCGCUCCAGUUUCAAGCCCUCAUCCUUGGACCUACCUUAUGAGACCGCUCAGCGGCAGGCCACGCAUAUUGAGAGGCAAAAGAAAGCCCGCUCAAUGAUCAUCCUCCAGGACUCUUGCCAUCUACCUGUUGAACCUACAGAGAUUCCUCGGCCCUCUGCUGCUACACCUCCUGAACGCAUCAAAAGGAAGGGUCGAAUUAUCGACAACCCCUAUGCUAAUGUGGGUCAAUUCAGUAUCGGGCUGUAUGCACCCACCAAGCCCCAGAGAAAAAAAAGCCCACUUGUGAAACAACUACAAGUGGAAGAUGCACAAGAAAAAGCCUGUUUGGCCUUAGCUGCUGGUCACUCUCGCGAGAGCUCACCCUCAGGACGACAUCCUCAUUCCCCUCUUGGGCACACACACACAAGCCGUGCGGACUACCACCAGCAACAGCUGAUGGCAGAACAAGAGCAUAUGCAUGCCCAGGGUGAGAUCAUGUUUCAGGGUAAGGUUCCCUUGGCUGCUGCAAUUGCUGGAGCAGUGAAGGAUCGUGAGCGUCGAUUAGAAGAACGGAGGAAAUCCACAGUCUUCCUUUCUGUUGGGACCAUGGAGGGGGUAUCUACCACCAGCUCAGACGCCCCUUCUUUAACUCAGUCUCACUCUAUUGACGAACGUUUGCUUUCCAGAGAGCUAGGAAAGCUCCCUCCCCCUGCUUUAAGCAUAAGUCCUUCGCCAAGUGGGACAACCUUUAUUCAUCCACUUACAGGAAAACCACUGGACCCAAACUCACCACUGGCUCUUGCGCUGGCCGCAAGGGAGAGGGCGUUGACCUCCCAGAGCCAGUCUCCAACUAGUAGCCCAGAACCGAGGACUAAACAGGAACGAGCAGGCCACGGCAUAAUAUUUAUGGAAAGCCAGACCAAAGAGUCUCCGCGUGAAGGGGCAUCCGCAUCUCCCCCUUUUUCACCCAAAAGCACCAAGGCAGCAGGGUAUGGAAUUGGAUCCUCCCCAGCACCGAUUUUAAUUUCCCAAAAACCCAAACCACAGUGGGCUACGUCGGCCUCACCUGUUUCAUUCCAGAAGGAGAUGGAGGCCAGAUUAGAAGAGAGGAAAGAAGAUAAGAGACAAGAGGAUAAAAAAAGCAUGCUGAUCAGUAUAAUGGAUACAUCACAACAGAAAACUGCUGGGCUAAUUAUGGUUCAUGCCACCAGCAAUGGCCAGGUGGCGGAGGUAAGUACAGAACAAGAAAAGAUCCCUGAUCCAGCAUCUGUAGAGCCUAGCAAAUCCCCAAGUCCACGGGCUACUUCCCCUAAUGUCACGGUAUGUCAUCCCUUGACGCUGCCUCAAGCCCAACAUCCAGCCAGCACUUUGCAAAAAAAAAGUCUGGCUCAGGGAAGUUCCGAGGAGGAUGUGGAUCCUUACACCGUGUCCCUUCCCCCAGCAAUGCUGUCGUCCAGUGAUGAGGAAACAAGAGAGGAGCUACGUAAAAUCGGAGUUGUUCCACCACCAAGUGAGUUUGCAAAUGGGCUACAGGCACAGGCACCGAAGACGCCAGUGUCCCUAUCUAAACCUGCCAGCUCUCCCACGCCCUCUGCAACACCAACAUCCCAAACUUCUUCAACCCCAACAACCUCAACUUUGACUCCAGCACAGCCUCCCCAGCCCUUGCCCAGCGCAACAGCUGUCUCAGGGAAGCCCUCUGACCCUCUAGAGCCACUACCGGUGGUUGAGCCUGGUUCUGCAGCAGAUUCAGGCGUGGAAGAGGCUGACACACGCAGCUCAAGUGAGAAGGAGCGAGACCACCAUCUUGAGACCACCAGCACUGUCUCUACAGUUUCUAGCAUGUCUACGUUGUCCUCAGACAGUGGCGAGCCUGCAGAUACACACACAACGCACACCUCCUUUGCCGACGGGCAGACUUUUGUGCUUGACAAGCCACCAGUGCCUCCCAAGCCCAGACUCAAGUCCCAGAUAGGAGGCAGCAAAGGUCCUGUCACUUUCAGGGAUCCUCUGCUGAAGCAGAGCUCUGACAGUGAGCUGCUGUCACAACAACAGGCUGCUGCCCUUGCCGCUGCUGCAGCUGGAGGACCAGGGCUCCCCUCAGGUGGUUCGGCCUCAGUGACUGGACUAGCUCCCACUAAGCCACGUUACCUUUUCCAACGGAGGUCAAAGCUUUGGGGAGACCCCGUGGAGCCCCGUGGACCAGGAGUGGGGCUGGGUAUUGGGAGUUUGGGGAAUCUCGGUGGGCUUGGAUUGGGGCUGGGUUCAGAAGAAGGAACAAAACCAUCUGUUAUGGGGGAGUUGAGCUCACGAUUGCAGCAGCUAAAUAAAGACACUAGGUCAUUGGGAGAAGAACCUUUUGGGGCAUCUCUUGACCCAGGGAGGAAGUCACCUGUGACAGGUGCCAGACUUUUCAGCAGCCUAGGUGAGCUCCACACCAUCUCUCAAAGGAGUUAUGGCACUACUUACACCAUCCGCCCUGGAAGUCGCUACCCGGUCACCCGACGCACUACAAGCCCAGGUUCCGGCUCACCUGAUCGAGGUGAUCCUCUUGGACGAUAUGCAGGCUUCAGCCUCUCACCCUCAACGACUGCAACGCCACAGACUAUACUCAAAUCCUCCAGCCUCGGUCUGCCACAGGAGCCCAAAGAGGUCCGAUUUGUAAUGAGGAGCUCCAGUGCCCGCUCCAGAUCCCGCUCUCCGUCCCCGUCACCUUCCCAUUCCCCAGGAUUGGGCUCACCGCUUUUGGCCCUUCGACCUUUUCACCAAAAACCCCUACAUCUUUGGAAUAAGUACGACGUCGGGGACUGGCUGGAGAGCAUCAACCUGGGAGAGCACAGACCAGGGUUUCAAGAACAUGAGAUCGAAGGCUCCCACCUCCCGGCUCUGACCAAGGAUGACUUUGCGGAGCUGGGAGUGACGCGCGUGGGACAUCGCAUGAAUAUUGAACGAGCACUGAAACAGCUGCUGGAGAGCUGACCCCUGCCUGAGAACAGAGCAGCAGUUAGGAAAAAGAUGUGGAGAGAACAUAUAAGACGUAGAGUGGGUAGACAGAAAGAGAGAGGAAGGAGAGGAGGUUCGUCUUUUACCGCAGCUGGUUUUCCAAUGACUUUUUCUCCCAUAUCACAUUAACGUCGUGCACCUGGUGCUGCACUGGAGGAGAGGACGAUCAGUGAGUCGUCCACUUCUGUUUCUGAGCCAGAGAGAUCCCACUUCAAAAUGGGCCGCGGCUUUUCCGUUGCUCCAGCUACAACGUCCGAUCUACGAAAGACGACCUUCUCCCUUCUCCCGUUCUUCUCUACCUCUGUCCCACCAUCUAACAGGCUCGGAAAAGUUCGAGUACAGGAGAAGUGUCGUUCCAAACAGAAUGCGUAGUUGCCUUUCACAUUAUAGAGUUCCACAGUCGGUAACGGUGAGACUGCUGACAGAAUCGGAAGAAGUUUUGUCUUCUCUAUACUCGGUAUAGAUUUUUGACACAAAAAAAAAUUUAAAAAAGACUUUUAACCGAAGCAAUAGAGCUUCAACAAGUAAACCACGGAAGAAAACCCAGACUGUGCUAUUAUAUUCGGAGAAUGUUAAACUAACACUCGUGGCUUUUUUUAAAUAAAUAUUUUUGGUUUUAUUUUCCAAAGGAAAUAGUAUAUAUAAUAUGGUAUAUAUCUAUUUACAGUUAGCUUUUAGAAGAAGAAAAAAAAUAUAUUGCAAAGAGAAAUAUAAUAAACACUCUUUGCCUCUUUUUGGCUUUUAGUAUAGAAGGCAGAGGGAGUUUUAUUCCAACAAUAGUUUACAGAUUUUUACCUAUAUAUAUAUAUAUAUAGCUAUAUAUAAUAAAUAAAUAAAUAAAUAUAUAUGUAUCCUUAUAGUCACCCUUUCUUAAAUAGUAGCAUGACGAGUUGCAUCAUGGUUUCGAAUAGAAAGGUUUGUGGUAAGCUUUUUAUUUUCUUAAAGUCUUCCUUCAUACAUAAGGGCAUCCCAUAAUGUGAGGCUAGGACCCCAUCCUUACCCUAAUCCCUGCCACUUCAGCUACAGACUUUUGCGGUGUGAUCUGCUGACCGACACAUUGGUUUAAAAAAAAAAAAAAAAGGAGGCUCUUCAUCUUAAGCCUCUAAAUCACUCAGGGAUGGAGGUUUGGGGCAAUGGAAAGAUUUUUCUUUCUUUUCAAACAUAUUUAAAUAUCGUGUUCGUUGUUUUUUACGUGCUACCAAUUUAUUUUGAGACUACUGGUGAAAAACAAAAUUACAUCUCAUUGUUUAGUAAAAAGGGCCGUUAAAGCUUUUUUUUAUUCUAACAAUGUUCUCUAACGCAGCACUGAACCAACAAAAAUGUGACAAAUUUAUACAUUUAUAAAUCUAGACCAGUGAUUUUACUGUACAAGCCAUGGACCUCAAUUGGGCUUUGA